AUGGCGGCCCAAGAUGAAGUUGACGUAUGUGAAAGUUGGGAGGAUAUGGACGAAAUUGGCUUGGACCAGAAGAUCAGGCUGAUGUCAAGUGACUGCGCGCCAGUGCAAACUUCACUCAAGGGCUGCAAGGUUACUGUUGAAGACAACGCGUGUAUUGGAUCUCAGUGUGUGAUGCCGGUGCCAGCUAUUCGUAUCUUAAAAAGGCCGUCGUCGUCGGCGAGCGGGCAACUUAACGGUGAGAGCCGCGCUCGGCCGGUCAAAACACUUGAACAAAGGCAGAAAGAGUACGCGGAAGCUCGUCUGCGGAUCCUGGGGGAAGCUCGUAGCCCUGAAGACGUCAUCGAUGAUAAUCUCAGCCGGCUUCAGGAUAAACUCCAAGCAAACAAUAUCAAUGACAGUCAAAAUAGUGGUAAGACAAAGAACUCACAGAGUGACACUAAUGCCAAAGGAAAGGAACGAAAAGUUCUCACACGGCUCCCCAGUGGUGCUACUGCAGCUGGGGUCUUUCCUUCCCCACCGCCACGAGGGGUCCUGGUGAUUAGGACUCCUAGGGGGCCAGACGGCACAAAGGGGUUCCAGAACAGGUAG